CAGCCUGGGACGUGUAUAAAAGAGCUGAGGGCUUCACAGCCCUCUAUCCACUCGGCUUUGCUUGACUCUCCUGAUCAACAGGGACUCCUUGCCUGCCUGAAAGAUGUCCUGCACCAGCCUGUGCAACACCUCCUGUGGGGUGGCCGCCCCGGCCCCGCUGGCUGACACCUGCAACGAGCCCUGCGUGCGGCAGUGCCCUGACUCCACGGUGGUGAUCCAGCCGCCACCUGCGGUGAUCACAUACCCUGGACCCAUCCUCAGCUCCUUCCCGCAGCACAGUGUUGUUGGCUCAGCGGGUGCUCCCGGUGUUGGCGGAGGCUACGGCGGCACUUUUGGAGGCCGUGGUGGUUUUGGAGGCUAUGGGGGCUAUGGGGGCUAUGGGGGCUAUGGGGGCUAUGGGGGCUAUGGAUACGGUGGUUGGGGCCGAGGCUGCGGAUACCUCAGGGGCAGCUGUGGACCCUGCUAAGCUCCACAACACUUGAUCCUGCCACAGAAGUAGACGAGGACCUGAAAAGGCCGUGGCACAUCCCAACACAACGCUGGAAGGAAGGACAUUGCUUUGGCACAGCUGGGCCCCAGAGCUUGGACGCCUUGUGCGUGCUUGUGGCCUUACUCUGCCUUUCUUGCUGCCCUGCUUGAGCAUCCCUUCACGUCUUGUUGCACCCUGAUGACAGUGACCCGCGCUGGGUGCCUGCUCCUGGGGCACGGCUGACGCUCGUUGUUGCUCUGCCCACUGCCAGGAGACAGGGGAAGGCCCUGGCCAGGACUCUGCUCUUGUCCCAGCUCCCUCCUCCCCUGGAACUGCA